GAUGUUGUCAUGUUGGUAUACUAAUCUGUACUCUCUUUUUAGACAAAUCUCUGUAAUCUGUGGUGUUCUUUUAGAAAUCUGUGGACUGUGGUUCUAAAAUAUUAUCACGUUUGCUUUCAUUUCCAUUAGAAUUUUCACAAUUUUAUACCAAGUGUGCACAAAAUAAAUAAGAAGAACUUGCCUUAGAAGGAACUCCGCUUAGUACAAAAUAAUAGUACAUAAUUUGUAGUUGUUUAAGAAGAAAACCCAAGAAUGGGUAAAGAAACUAAACUUGAUUCUGAGAAAUCAACAGCAGGCGAGAGUAUUGAUGAUGAGCACAAAAAGAAAAAAAAGAGUAAAAAGCAUAAGAAACGUAAAAGGCAAACUGAAGAUGACGACGAGAAGGGUUAUAAGAAGAAAAAGAAGACUAAGAAAGAAAAGUACAAAAGCCCUAAACCAGAAAGUGAGACAUCACUUUCAGAUGUCGAAGAGCUAAUUAAAAAGUCUAGGCAAUGUAAGCCGGUUCCAAAGUCUAUAUCUACAAAUUCCCCUCUUACAGAUUCUGUAGAAUCUAUGUAUCAAAAAACAAAGAAUGGAGACGCAUCUAAUGGUAAAACCCGAAGUAGUAGUAGGAAUUAUGUGAGAAAAAAAACUGAUUUGAAGGAUGAUGCCUUAGAAAUUAUCUCUUCUAAUUCAGAAACAGAAAAUUAUCAAGAGGACUGUGCAAGUCCUGAACUGACUAUGAUAGAAGAUGAUUUAAAUCUAGAGGAGCUCAUGAAACAAAAGGAGCUUCUGCAAGCAAGACUAGUUGCAUAUUUUUCUGACAAAAGUGAAGAUGAAAGCGAUAGAGGCGCAAAUAGUAAGAGUGAUGUAAUAUGUAUUAAUGAUGAUAAGUCACCAUCACAUAAGAGAUCGAAGAAAGACCGUGAACAUGAUCAUAAGCGAAGCAGUAAACAUAAGUCUAGUUUAGACACAUCAGUAGAAAGAGAAAAACACAAAAUAAAAAGGCAUGAGGAAGACCUUAGGGAAAUAAUUAAUAGGGAAAAUAGGAAAGAGAUGGAAAAAAGAUUGGAAGAGAGGGAGUAUAGAGACAGAAAAGAAAGGGAACGUCGUAAGCUUCUAGAAGCAGAAAGGGAGAGAGAGCGUGAGCGAGAAAGAGAGCGUGAACGAGAAAGGAAGAGAGAGCGGGAAAGGGAGCGAGAGAGGGAAAAGGAGAGGGAGAGAGAAAAGGAACGCGAGCGUCGGUCUGCAGAGUUGAGGCGAAGGGAACGGGAGGCGACGAGACAUCGCAGAUCUCGAGACCGCUCGCCGGCGGGGCGGCGCGACCGCUGGCAGGCCGACCGCGACCGACGCUCGCACGACCGCAGCCGGGAACAACACAGAGACCGCUCGCGGGACAGGGGCUCACGGGGUGAAAGGGACAAGCGAAAGAAUUCUUCCAAUGAAGUUGCUCACAUAGUUCCGAGUUCCAGUGAUGAAGAACUGGACAUCUCCAUGAAUACCGAUGAAGAAGAGGAAACUGAGGAGCAAAUAAUUGAACGCCGUCGAAAACAGAGGGAGCAGCUCUUGAAGAGACUCGGCGGUGAAACUACAGCCACGACCCAAACAAGUGAAAGCCAACAAAAUAGCAAAUCUACAGCUCACAAAACUGAGCAGAAGUCAAGUAAAGAUUCCCAAACGCCAGACGUCAACGUGUACCGCGAUGACUCGCACAGUAAGCUGGAAAGUAUUUCAAAGAGCGACAGCCAGAUGAUAAGGAACAUUGAGAAGGAGAAUGAGUCAAAGACAAGUAUGAAGUUGGAGAAGUCGAACAAGGGGGGCGAGUGGGACAUGUUCGCAGACCAAGACAACUUCAGUGUGGACACACCUACAGCGGGCAAGCCAAACAGCAAGAGUGCAUUGGAAAACCCAUCACUCACAGACAACUGGGAUGACGCAGAAGGCUAUUAUAGGGUGCGUAUCGGCGAAACUUUGGACAGUAGAUACAACGUGUACGGCUACACGGGGCAGGGCGUGUUCUCCAACGUGGUGCGCGCGCGCGACCAGGCUCGCAGCAACACCGACGUGGCCGUCAAGAUCAUACGCAACAACGAAAUUAUGCACAAAACCGGUCUUCGCGAGCUGGAGAUCUUGAAAAGACUGAACGACGCCGACCCCGACGACAAGUUCCAUUGUCUUCGCCUGUUCCGACACUUCUUCCACAAACGCCACUUGUGUAUGGUGCUCGAGCCAUUGUCCAUGAACCUGCGCGAAGUCCUCAAGAAGUACGGCAAGAACAGCGGCAUACACAUUAAAGCGGUCAGAAGUUACACCCAACAGAUGCUGCUGGCACUCAAACUGCUAAAGAAAACGGGCAUUUUGCACGCUGAUGUAAAACCAGACAACAUAUUGGUGAACGACAGCAAACUGGUGCUCAAGCUUUGUGACUUUGGCUCAGCUUCGCACGUUUCUGACAAUGAAAUCACUCCAUACCUAGUAUCCAGGUUCUAUAGAGCUCCGGAGAUCAUACUAGGAGUCUCUUAUGACCACGGAAUAGAUAUGUGGUCAACCGCUUGCACCAUCUACGAACUGUCAACGGGCAGGAUAAUGUUCAGCGGCAAGUCAAAUAAUGAAAUGCUCAAGUACUUCAUGGACCUCAAAGGCAAGAUACCAAACAAGAUCAUCAAGAAGGGUGUGUUCAGAGAUCAACAUUUUGACGCUAACUGCAACUUCACAUACCAUGAACUCGACAAAAUCACUGAAAGGGAGAAGGUAGUCAUAAUGUCCAGUAUAAAACCUACGCGGGACCUUCAAACAGAGCUCGCGCCGCCACACCAUCGGCUACCGCCAGCCGAGGCCAAGAAGAUCGGCCAGCUCAAGGAUCUUCUAGAACGUAUGCUCAUGCUCGACCCGGCCAAACGAGCCUCCGUCAACCACUGCUUAGCGCACCCCUUCAUACAAGAGAAGAUCUAAUAAAACAUAUUUGAACCAACUUAGUUCGAAUGAUAUGUCUCCUCUUUUGCUGCAAAGUUUUUUCUCCGAAUAAAUAAAUACUGCGGUAUAUUUUUUUCUAAUACAUACUACAACUAUGUUGUAUAGAUGAUUUGCUUUUCUAAUACGAAAUCUAUGAAGUCUACAUAAAUUUGACAAGACAAAGAUUUGUGACAAAGAUUCCAUUCUAGCGUUGAGGAUUUAAUGGGUUUUGUGAUUGAAAUUCACAUUAAUUAUUUAUUUAAGGUGAAGACUCACUCCCUGUUUCAUGUAAAUAUAUGAAACGGGAGUGAUUUAAUUAUGUAAUGAUUGAGUGUAAUAGACCAUUAUGUGAAUGGUACAUGAAAGCUUUUACAAACUAUACUGGCGAUUAGGUCGGCGAGCAUGUGCCCAAUAUUUGUGAGCGUCAGAAUGGCCGGUCACUACCCAUAUUUUACAUCGAAAAAAUUAUAGAAAGUUGCUACCUAGUUGCUACUA